AAACAGAAACGCUAAAUCAGGACAGACGUACAGUCUCUACUGCGACUGUUUUACGGUGUAAUAUAGGGAUAAUCAACUACAAUUGUUAACAACAAAUAAGAGAAUGAUUCGUGCUCCAGCACACACAUUAUGCACCAGCAUAAAUUACUAGUACUACUAAACAACGAUAUUUCUCAUAAUAGAUCUUAAACACACCGAAUAAAUAAACACCGUUUGGACAUUUUGUCACAUACAAAUUUGCGAAUAUGUAAAUCAAUUUGACUAUAAAUCAUCCACUGUUAUUUUUUGUCUAGAUUAUGAUUUACAUGAAAGUAUGCAAUAUAGCACAUAUCUUCUUGAUAAAACUGUUGAAAUUAUAAAAUUUUGUUAAACUGUGCACAGCUGUGUUAGCCCCACAGAGGAUACAACUACAUAUUCGUAUUCAUUCAUUCGAAGUCAUGUGACCCAAUUUUAAAACAAAACAGUGUCAUCUUCGUUUGUGACGCGUAAGUUUCUGCCAAACAUUAAAUAUGAAGUUCGAUGAUAUUCUUCAAGAUGUUGGGGAAUUUGGAAAAUACCAAAAGUUUGUGUAUUUCUUGCUGUGCCUUCCGUCCUUUGCUUGUGGUCUAUUUAUGAUGCAUUUGGUAUUUGUCAUGGAAACGCCUAAUCAUAGAUGCAAAAUAGCGGACUAUCCUGGAGAUACUUACGAUAUCCAGAGCCUCGAUCACCAGCGCGCGGUGGAUAUAUCCAUUCCAAGAGAUUUCAUUGGAACUUAUGAGAAAUGUAGCUUUUAUUCAUACGCGGCCAAUCAAACAGCUAUUAUGUAUAACGGAACAAUUAGGGAAGAAAAUUUUACCAUUGGUGUGAAUGCAACACUGCAGACAUGUUCCACAUGGGUCUAUGAAAGAUCAGUCUUUAAAGAAACGUAUACAUCUGAGCACAACCUCGUGUGUGACGAUGCCAUAUUGGUGUCGCAUUCCAGAAUGAUUUUCUACUUUGGAGUUCUGGUCGGUGAUCUCCUCUUUGGUUGGUCAUCGGAUAAGAUGGGAAGAAAGACAACUAUGUAUGUAGGGGGACUCUUACUUAUCGCAGCUGCAUUUGCCGUGUCCUGGGCCCCAGAAAUAAUCAGUUUUACUGUCUUAGAAUUCAUCAUUGGAGGCACAAAUCACGGUUCUUUCCUCUGCGCCAAUGUGCUCGGACAGGAGUUGGUGGGACCGUCCAAGAGGAAAUACACUGGGACCAUUCAGCAUAUGUUUUUCUCCAUUGGUCUUGUUUACCAAACAAUAGUCUAUUACUUUUCACGUGAUUGGCAGAUAUCCUGCAUCGUUCUAGCGACAUCCUGUCUCGUUGUCCUUCCAUUGUGGUGGCUUGUCCCCGAAUCCCCAAGAUGGCUGAUUUCUCAAGGUCGUAACGAAGAGGCUAAUGUCAUCCUGCAAAAGAUAGCCAAGGUGAAUGGAACCAAGGUGUCGCCGGAUGUUGUCAGGAAUCUCACCAUAAAGAAGGAGAAGACCGGGAGUUUUAAGGACCUUUUGAAAAGCAAGACGAUGUGUAUUAGAGCCAUUAUUUUGUGUUUCAACUGGAUGGCGGUUUGUUUAAUGUACUACGGUGUGACUAUUAAUGCGGGAAACAUUGGUGACUUUUACCUGAACUUUUUCUUGAUGGGGAUUGUGGAAUUUCCAGGCAUAUUAACCACCAUUGCGCUAAUUGACAGGAUUGGGCGGAAAAAGCUCCAUUUGCUUUGUAUGAUGGUAGGGGGAGUGGCCUGUCUCUGUACCAUUUUUACAGUGAGCUUCGCCAGAGAAACUUUAAGACCAUUGACAAUUACAUUGGCGGCGAUAGGCAAGAUGGCCUCCUCUGCCGCUUUUGUGUGUGUCUUCAUAUUUACUGUGGAGUUAUUCCCUACCGUCAUCAGAAACAUUGCCCUGGGAGGCGGUUCUUGUUUUGCCAGAAUAGGAAGCAUGAUGGCACCGUACUGUGUUGCACUUGGUAUGACCAUCGGAGGCUCUAUCGGAGAGGCCUUGCCCCUAGUGAUUUUCGGUGCUGCCUCGGUUACAGCUGGUCUUAUGUGUCUAUAUUUACCAGAGACCCUAAAUCAGAAAUUACCAGAAACCAUCGAGGACGGAAUAAACUUUGGAAGAGGUAAAGCGACAUUGGUGAUGGAUGUAAAUGGAAAAGACGAAACAGAAAGAGAACUUGUCGGCGACAAUGCAGAAAACGACGAACUUUAACAAUCUUGCUUAAUAAAUUGUACGAGGAUGAUCAGAUUGCUACUGUAAAAAUAAAAUUCAGCCACAUAUACAAAAUUUCGCGAUUCAAUUCCAGGCCAUGUAUGCCAGCACAAUCUGAAAUACAACUUUAAAUCUGUAUAUAGGCUUGUCAUAUAGGGUCAGAGUUCUAACAUUACCGGACAGAAAUGCACAGAAAGUAAACAACGGUCUAAAAACAGAAUGCAUGUAUAUGAUAAUGUAUGUUUUCUUUUCUAUCAAAUUUCAAGAUAUGCUUAAUUUUUUUUUAUUUUGACGAAGAACAGUACUACGGUAUUCUAUGAGUACUUCGGUAAAAUGAAGAGAGAAAAAAAAUAUAAAAAGAGAUAUUUAAAACACGGCCUGUCUUUCUACACGCAGCUGAGUGCUGAUCACGUGACUGUCUUACUUGCAUACCACGUGCUAUUUCCCCAGCAAUACUUGGAUCUGUGCAUAUCUAACUACCUUUUAGUGUUUUACACAUGAUCUAGCAUAAUUAAUUCAGUCUGAUAGGUCUCAACUCCUAUAACUCGAUGUCAAAACUUACUAUUGUUUUCUUUCCGAUCAUGCGAGAAGAAGGUGUGCGCAAUGCUUCCAGUAUGCAAAGAUGCCCGAGAGUUAAAUUUGUCAAGAAUGAAAUAUGACAAUGUCAAUAUCUUUCUUCUCUUAAACUGAAUUACAGUGUAGAGAAGUAAACAAAGUGAACGUAAUAUAGAUGUACGUGUAAGUCGUGGUUAAUGGUACAUUUUGAAAAAGAGGGAAAAAAAAUAGAAUACAAUGUCGUCAGUGAGUGGAUUGAUUAACCUAGAGAACAAACCCUCUCAAUUUUGAUCUGUUCCUUACAAAACCCCGCCAAGGAUGAUUUAAAACGUGUUUCGAGAAUAUAAAACUAAUAGAAAGAUUUUCUUGUCACUUUUUAUUACUUUCUUUUUGCUGUGUGUUCUAGAUGUCCCUAAUCAACGGUAAAAGUGUUGUCCUAGCUUUCAUCCAGACUAUUUAAAUGCACAUAUCACAAUGCACCAGUUAUAUGUAAAAUGCCUAAUGAAAAUUUAUAUGGUUCAAUGUUCGUGUUAUGGGCAUUCCGACUUUAGAAUCAAUUUCAAUGAAGUAUAUGAACAUGAUAUAGAAACGCUACAGUUGUACAAAUGAUGGUCGGAGAUUGCGCUGGCUUACAUGGCUCCUUGGAUUUAGUAGACAUCGUACGUUCUGAAAUUUACAGCAGUUGAUCUUUUUUUCUAUUCAUGCUCAGAAUUUUAAAUGAUUUUACGACCCCAGUCUGAGAACGUUUUCAUCAACAACUGUUUACUAAUUUAUGUACAUGUAAUCAUUCUUGUUCUGCACUGUGUGCAUUUUCUCUUCUGUAAUCUGAAUUAUAAGAUUGAUAUUCUUGUACAAUAUUAUUUGGAAAUAAUGAAAACAGCAAUGUGUUAUGCUUUUACUUCCAAUAUUUACCACGAUUAUAUGUUGUAUUGUUGAUAUUGUCAGUAAAAGCUUUUAUACAAAAUUC